AUGGGUUUACUUCUUGCAAUCGACCCACCAGCAGUCAGACCUCCCCAGCAUCUCAGAUUACAACUGCGUCUUCAGCGCAAUCUCGGAACCAGAGAUCGCUCUCCGAACAUCGACACCAAAUGCGUGGACACGACCCAAAUCAAAUACACCGCCGAAUUGUACAAGAAUAACAAGUGCACCGAGGACAAACAGCUCUCCCACGGUACCUCCUACGUGGGCUCCUGCUUCGAGGUUCAUGGCAUUAUAGGGGCCAAGGUCUACAUUCCAAGCGGUAUUCCCGAUGGAUACGCUUGCGACACGACAUUGUUCAAGGACACUCAAUGCGCGGAGGACGGCAUAAUCUCCAAACCACUCGAUCAAACCACGGUCGGCGAAUGCUUGACGGAUCCCGAUAGCUUGACCUCGAUUAUCCUGCCGACCAAGUACAACAGCAUUCGAGUUCUCUGCUACCAGCAGCUGUUUAUCCAAUAG